CGUCCAGGUGCCGUAGGUCUUGUGAAUUCUGGCAACUUCUGCUACCGUAAUGCCGCUAUACAAUGUCUCGCACGAGUUUCGCCUCUCACAGAAUACUUAUUGAAUGAAGCAAGCUUAAAUGCAUUGAAAAAAGGAGAUGCUAAUAACAACGAGUCUUUUGCUACGACGUUGGAGUACUCGAAACUGCUGAAAGAAAUGUGGGCGGCAAAAAAGAAGAAUAUUUCUCCGAAUAGUUUCAAUGAAGCUGUACGAUUUGCUGAUCAAUUUGACGAUGGUGAGCAGCACGACUGUCAAGAAUUCGUGUCGUUUCUUAUCGAGCGGUUCCAUACGUGUGUAGCUCGUAUUGAGCAUAAUAAUUCCGCUGGAGAUAGCGAAAGCUCAGAAGGGACAGCUGAAAGCGAAGCAACAACCAGCGACAACGAGGAUCGCAAUUGCGAAGACGCCGCGACAGAUGAAGAGAAGGCAGAGAAGUCGUGGGAGCGUUAUAUUCGAGAUAACCAGUCGUUGGUGACGUCAUUAUUCUCAGGUCAAUUGCGAUCACGUUUAAUUUGCCGUAAAUGCAAGUCGUCAUCUUCGGUGUUCGAAGUUUUCACCUCUCUCAGCCUUCCAAUCGGUUUCGAGAAUGUGGAACUUUAUCAGAUCAUUGUGGUUCGCCGUGAUGGGAGCGUUCCACGUCGAUAUGGAUUUCGAUUGCCAAGAGAAUGUACAGUAGGCACAUUCAAAGGUCUUGUAGCUGAGGCAACAGGAGUGAAUCGGAACGCGCUAACGAUACAAUGCCUCAGUAAGAGAGGGUAUUUCAUGAAUCCAAUCAACACUGAAGAUGACGCAGCAUUGAGUUCUGUGCCAUCCGGUGGUCGUCUUUAUGCGCUUCAUCUGCCGGAGGACACUCCCGAAUGGCGUGUGGCAAUUCAUAGAAAAUUGCAGUACAACUACGAACCGUAUUUCCUUGGGUCCACUGGCGGCUUUGUUGUCACGCAGUUCGGCUUGCCGCUGAUCGUACCCUGCCCUCCAAAGAUCACUGGAAAGGAGUUGUACGAAGAUGUGAUGAGC